CAAAAUCUUUGUGUCUUAUAUUGGUUGAGGUAUCAGCUCAUCAGUUUUCCCUCUUUCACCCUAAAGCUAGUUGACUUUAAUGUCUUCAGUUUACAUUCGUAGGUGUGUUUUGUUUCUAAUAUACGCCUAACAACUGCAGGAAUUAUAUGGAAUGAUGUCCUUGUGAUUGAUGAAGUAUUGCCUGAGGGUUUGCUCCAUGAUUACUGUUUUAAGGUAUAAUUUAUUUUCUUGAAUUAAGAAAGUACUGUCUACUUUUGCCAAGUUUGUCCUCCCUUUCUCUCUUGUGCUUUGCAUUGUCACUCUUCAUCUUCUGAAUCUUCAUACAUGGUUCAGGUAUCCCAGAGUGCUGUCAAACAGUAUUUUUCAAGCACGUUUUCUCAUCUUCUCCAGGAUGUUUCAGGUAACUGGUACAGUUGGAGAAACCUUGAUUUGUCUUUACCAAAUCAUGGUAGUGUUAUUAGGAUAAAACAUCGUGUUCGAACAGGAAGUUUUUAGUCUCAGCUCUCUAAUGGAAGCCACUGUAUAUGCAAAUGGCUUUGUUAGAAGAAUAUUAGGCCCAGACUCCCGAAUUUCUAUAGUCCUUAUGUCUUAAUUACCUAUAGUUCACAGGUUAUUGCACAGACAUUUAUUUUUAAUGAACCUGCAGAUGCUCUGAUGAAUGUUCAUGUCAAACCAAAGGAUGUGGCAGAAGAACAUCAUUUACAGGUUGCUUUGGAAUCUGGGAAAAACUCAUUGCUCAAAGGAAGCAUGGACCUUUUACUGGUACUAUGAGGACUUUAAAGAUUUUCUAUUGGCAAUGCAUGCCGGAAAUCUUAAGUUGUACAUUAUCGAAAUCCAUUCCAAGUCUGUCAUGAGGGUAUCUAUUGUUUUCGUAUCAAUUCUUUCUUUCGAGGGCAGAUUGAAUCUGUUGUUAAGUUUUUAGGAUGUGUAAGUGUGAGUUUGUGUGCCCUUCAUUGAACCCGGUCCUUGCCAGCAUAUGCAAUUCAUUGUUUUGUAUUGUAGUUAUGGUUUUGAUUUUCUAAUAUGAUCAGUUUAUAUUAAUCCUGUUCAUUUCGUAGGCUCAUUUUCAAGUGUUGUUGUACAUGUUAUAGUUUUCCUCGGUAAAUCCAUCCAUGCUUAUCUGACUGUUGUCUCGUGUUUGAACACUUUUAUUCCAGGGCCUCCGCCAACUUUUGGAGGACAACUUGGACCUACUAGUCAAGCUAAGGGAACUGAUGACUGAUUGGGUUCAAGCAGGGUUCCAACAAUUCUUUGAGGCAUUGGAUACUCGGUUUCUUUUGCUUUCAGGGAGAAAUAAGUUAAGUUCGCAGGGUCAGAGUCCAAGGGAAGGGUUACAGUCUGAAAAAGUUAUAUGUGGUCUUGUCUUGGUUUUGGCUCAGCUUUCUGUUUUCGUCGAACAAACUGCAAUCCCCAGAAUUACCGAGGCAAGGACUGUACUAGUUUCAUGUGUGAUUUUCACUGCAGCUUCUGGGUAAUAAGUGGAUUCAUGAUGAUUUCUCUGGAGCUAACCUCAGCCUUACAUGUUCCAAUCUCUCAGGAAAUGGCUGCUUCUUUCUCUGGUAGUGGUGCUCGGGGGUAUGAACAUGGACCUGUCUUCUUCCUGCUGAAAUAUGUCGAGUUUUUCGAUCAGCCAGCGAGAAGUUUCUGCACCAUGUAUGAGUUUAAACUUUAUCUAACCUUCACUCAUUAGCUGGCAUGCUUACUUCAUAACUGGCAUAUUCAAUAUGGUUAUUUGCUUGAGCAUGCUUGUUUCAUGUGGCCAUGGAAAGCAUUUUGCUACUUGUGAAAACCCCUCAGCCUAUCAUUUUUCAUUGCUAGGCGUUGUUUAGUUCCAUCUUCCUUUAAGCUGUUUGUGGAAUUAAAACUGUUUCAACUUGGUAUUAUUAUACUUGACGUGAUUGGUGACUCUUAAAAUUGAAAAUUUUCAUUCUGAUAAUGUUCUCUUUGAGGCCAUCUCUGUCUUCUUUUGGGUACAUGUAUUGCACUUGUGCUGGCCAAUUUACUGGGAAUAUUCGACUCUGUCAGUAUAUAAAUAUGAGAGCGUAUAGAAUAUCAGUGCUUUUGAGGAAAAGGUUCACAACUCCAAAUUGGGUCAAGCACAAGGAGCCAAGAGAAGUUCACAUGUUCGUUGAUCUAUUCCUCCAAGAGUUGGAAGCAGUAGGGAAUGAGGUUAAGCAGAUUCUUUCUCAAGGAAUAAGGAAGCAUCGUCGAUCUGAGAGCAAUGGAAGUACUACUUCCUCUCUAAGCAAUCCAUUGCGAGAUGAUAAACUUCGGCGGUCAAAUACACAACAAGCCAGGAGCCAACUUCUGGAAACCCACCUAGCAAAGUUGUUUAAGCAGAAAGUUGAAAUAUUUACCAAAGUCGAGUUCACACGGGAGUCGGUUGUGACUACCAUUAUCAAACUCGGUCUCAAGAGCUUGCAAGAAUUCGUUCGCCUCCAGACUCUAAACCGGAGUGGGUUCCAGCAAAUUCAGUUGGACAUCCAGUUCCUUAGGACCCCGCUGAAGGAGCUAGCUGAAGAUGAAGCUGCCAUUGACUUCUUGCUUGAUGAGGUAAUCGUUGGUGCUUCUGAUCGUUGCCUCGACCCAACCCCAUUGGAGCCACCGAUCUUGGACAAACUGAUACAAGCAAAGACAGCUGAAACCAGAGAACAAAAUUCCAGUGCAGCUUCAUCAACAACCCAACAACGAUUGUAAUCAUUCAGAAAGUACAGCAAUACACUAUUCCUUUUUUGGGUCACUUUAGCCAGAAAGUUUCCCUCUUAAAUCUUUUCAACCUUGUAGGAAAGUUUACUGUUUUUGAGGAUAGUUGUAUGGUCGUCAAGAGCCAAGGCUGCAAUAACAUGUAACCCUAAGAAAUCCGCCGAAAUAAGUGUUUAAUGAACUUAAUCAUCGUUGAAAAAUAGUAUCAGACCGAAUAUGUAAUAUGUAGGCUUCAAAUCCAAAGAAAAUGGUCUUUCAAAAGAAGCUCAAAUAAUUACGAAAAUGUCAUCUGAAAAUAAAUUCGUCUAAAUCGGUGCUUAAUGGAUUGAUCAUCGGCGGAGAAUAGCAUCGGGCUAAAUCCGUGAUUUGUGAACUCCAAAAUCGAAAGAAAAUGACAUUUAGGAAAGUUCGCCCAAAAUUUGCUAUGGUAUCCCUUUGUAAUCUACAAAAAAUGUACUGGGAAAAAUCCGCCCAAACCAGUGCUUAAUGAACUUAAUCAUCAUUGAAAAAUAGCCUCAGUCUGAAUUCGUGAUAUGUAGCCUUCAAAAUCAUAGGAAAAUGACUUUUCGGAAAAAUGCCCGAACAUUAACGAAAAUGCCAACUGAAAAUAAAUUAGCCCAAAUCGAUGUUGAAUGGACUUAAUCAUACGUGGAGAAUACGAUCAAUAGACACCAUUAUCGGUGGAGAAUAGCCUCGGGCUGACUUCGUAUCUGUAGCCUCCAAAAUCGAAAAAAAUGAUAUUUCGGAAAAAUCCCCCGAAAUCUAUGAUGUUACCUCUUUGAAAUCCGCCAAAAAUGGAUCCCAAAGAAAUCCACCCAAAUCGGUGUUAAUGAACUUAAUCAUCGUUGAAGAAUAGACUUAGGCUGAAUCUGUGAUCUGUAGCCUUCAAAAUCCAAGAUAAUUGGCUUUCGAAAAAAAUCACCCAAACAAUUAUGAAAAUGCCAUCCGAAAAUAAAUUAGCUCAAAUCGGUACUUAAUGGACUAAAUCAUUGGUGACGAAUAGGAUUCAUAAACUUCAUUAUCGAUGGAGAAAAGCCUUGUACUGAAUCCGUGAUCUGUAGCCUCCCAAAUCAAAAGAAAAUGGCAUUUCGGAGCCUGAAAUCUGUGAUGGUACAGCUUUGGAAUCUGCCAAAAAUGGACCCGGAAGAAAUAUGUCCAAAUCGGUACUUAAUGGACUCAUCAUUGGUGAAGAAUAAGAUCAAUAAACUUGAUUAUCGGUGGAGAAAAGCCUUGUGCUGAAUCCGUGAUAUGUAGCCUUCAAAAUGCAAGGAAAAUGUUCUUUCAAAAAAAUUGCCCAAAAAAUUUCGCAAAUGACAUCCGAAAAUUAAUUCGCCCAAAUAAGUGCUUAAUGGGCUUAAUCAUCAGCGGAGAAUAGGAACAAUAGAAUUCAUUAUCGAUGGAGAAUAUUCAAGGGCUAUAUCCAUGAUCUCUAGCCUCCAAAAUCCAAAGAAAUUGACAUUUCGGAAGAAUCACCCGAAAUCUGUGAUGGUACCCCUUUGGAAUCUGCCAAAAAUGAACCCGAAAGGAAUCCUCCCAAAUCGAUGAUGAAUGGACAUAAUGAACGUUGAAUAAUAGUCUGAGGCCAAAUCCGUGAUCUGAAGCCUUCAAAAUCCAUAGAAAAUUGCCCUGCCGAAAGAAUCAUGAAAAUGCGAUCCCGAAAUAAAUUGACCUAAUUUUGUGCUUAAUGGACUUAAUCAUUGGUGGAGAAUAGGAUCAAUAGACUUUAUUAUCGAUG